AACAUUCAAACGAACCAGUGCUGUUACAUAUAGCUAUAGUUAGUAGAUGUGUGGCCAGCGCUAUAGGACUACAUAGAAGCCUACAUGUACAUGUGUACUCUUCUUCUGUAAAAACAAGGUUGACUUUCAGAGAACUCACGUUCAUGUGGCCCUGAGGCAAGACUCAAGCGACAUUCCGGCUGGGACAGAGCUACCACUGUUAUCAAUUUCUCUCACUUAACCACAAGCCCUAAUCUACAGUAGCUUCAACAUGAAAUUGCCAUGGACGAACCUUCUCGUGGUAAUCAUCACAAUGACCUGUUUUACAGUGUCCGAGUGUAAUACUGGGAUGACUGUGGAUACUCUACAUAUCCGGUCUGAUAUCGCAUCCCGUUUCGCCACAACUCAGAUCCGCAGCAACGUCCGGAACAUUAUGCCAAGUGACCAAGAAGUCAAAUUCAACGUGGUAAUACCCGAGGAGGCUUUUAUCACGAACUUCUCUAUGACCAUCGACGAUAAAGUGUACAACGGCACGGUAAAGGAGAAAGCUCAGGCAAAGAAACAGUAUCAGACUGCAAAACGUCGCGGGCAAAGCGCUGGCUUGGUACAACAGAAGGGACGGGAUACAAACAAGUUUACGAUCUCCGUUAAUGUAGCUGCCAAUACAACAGUGAAGUUCAGUCUCAGCUAUCAAGAGCUUCUGCGACGAAAGCUCAGCCUGUACGAUGAAGUAAUAUAUUUCCAACCAGGGCAGAUUGUUCCUGAUUUGAAAGUCGAUAUAUUUAUUACGGAGUCGAAAAAAAUCAGCCAGCUAAACCCUCCAUUUCUUCAAAAUGAAGCGAAAGUGAAAUAUAAUAUUUCACAAACCUCGAUCAGCUGGCUCUCUGACAGCGAAGUCCACAUCGCCUACUAUCCUACUGUAGCUGAUCAAGCAGCAGUUUCAGACAGUGGACUUUCCGGGCUUCGAAUGGUGGUGCGCUAUGAUGUAGAGAGAAGCAUGAGCGCUGGAGAAGUUAUGGCUGUUGACGGAUAUUUUGUUCACUUCAUCGCACCAAAAGGCCUGACUCCAAUUCCGAAGCGAAUCGUGUUCGUGCUGGACAGCAGUUCCUCCAUGACUGGAAGAAAAAUGAUGCAGAUGAGAAAGGCCAUGCUGGCUAUCCUUAAGGAUCUCCAUCAGGAAGACAAAUUCAACAUAAUCGACUUCAAUCAUCGUGUGAAACCAUGGAAAAAACAAAUGAUGCCUGUCACAAAGGGAACGCUUCAAGCGGCAACUAAUUUUGUAAAACGUAUGAAGGCCAGUGGAUCCACGAAUAUCGGGGAGGCCAUGAAAAAGGGACUGGAUAUGCUUACGAAAGACAAAAGUGACGGCCUUCCCAUGAUAAUGUUCUUGACGGAUGGACAUCCCUCCGUUGGGAUAGUCAGGCAUGACCGACUUAUAACCAAAAUCACAGGUCAGAACACUUUCGGUGCCCGGAUCAUGUCUCUGGCGUUUGGUCAAGGCGCCUCGUACUCGCUUCUGCAACAGAUUUCCGGUAGAAGUCAUGGGGUAGCCCGAAAAAUCUAUGAGGACGCCGAUGCCGAUCUCCAAUUGGAAGGAUUUUACGAUGAAAUUUCAACACCGAUUUUAUCCGAGGUGAAGAUCAACUAUCUUGGAGAUUCCGUCGACAAUGACACUGUCACUGUUACAGAUUUCAACACGCUGUUCGAGGGCUCGGAAAUAAUCGUUUCUGGAAAGUUGUCUGAAUCUUCAAGUCCUACUUUUGAUCUCUCCCUUGCUGCAAAUGUUGCAGAAGGAAACAUCGUCUUGGACGACACAGUCGAAACAAGCAUGACUCUUGGUCAAACGCCAUCGGGCUCAGAGCUAUCCCGUUUCACAGAACGGAUGUGGGCCUUCUUGACCAUAAAGCAGCUUUUGGAGGAAAAAGAUUUUGCUGACCCGCAGCGUAGACUUGCGAUUGAACAGAAAGUCACGCAGUUAUCAUUAAAGUACGGAUUCGUAACACCCUUCACAUCCCUUGUUGUUACUAAAGCACAGAACGAUGAAGUGUCGAACAACGAUUCUCCAGAAUCAACUUUGCCUCCACCUAAUCGACAAAGGAAACCCGCAGGCGGGUCUUCGUCCAGUUCAUCGUCGAGUUCAUCAUCUAGUUCACCAUGGAAACCAUCUACGGGCUAUGCGGACAAUGAUCCACAUUUUGUGAUGGCUCUCAAGGGAUUGGAACUACCGAUAUGUUUUGAUGUUAUGGGACAAGAUGGGGAUGUCUUCAACCUUGUUUCCGACCCAGUUUCAGGUAUCGAGGUAGAUGGCAAGGUAUUUUCUCCACGCCUUCAGACUGAGAAAACGUUUUUUGGUACUAUCAUUGUGAAGACCAGAGAUUAUACGCUAAAGAUCACACCACGUAACCUGAUGAUAGAUAAAUUGAAGCUAACAUGGAAGGAGAACAUGAUGAUCAAAUGGCAUGGAAAAACUAUUGGAUUCAUGGGAAGGGACAACUUUACCUUGCACAUCAGUAAGGCCACAGACUUCGUCAUUAUUAAUCAUCAGAGAUUGAUCAAAAAUGUUGCGAAGGUGAAAUUCCUAGGCUUCUAUCUGAACAACGCUGAAGGCCUGUCCAGUUCGACAAAUGGACUUCUUGGUGAAUUCCGGCACAAGAUGGUAGUGUCAGCAGAUUUUCGGCCACUGAAACAUACUGUGUUUUAUGCUAAUCUUGGUCUACUGAAUGUGAUGACGUCAGCAAUCGAUGUGGUGAAAGCGAGGUUACAGCAGCGUCCAGAUCUGGAGCAUGACAGGGUCAUAUCCUGUUGGAAAAUCAACGAUGGCGCUUUGUCCAGUGAUACCAGUAGCUACCUUGUAUAUCGCCGGCGAGCAGCAGAAGAAUAAACCUAAUGAAUAAUAACCAGAGCAACCCUUUUCGCCACACUUUAACUUACUGUCUUGUUGUCCAUGUUCGACCGUUGGCGUUAUUGAUCUAUGUAGGAAUACCCUUAUAUAAGGUAUGAGAGCAAUGGGUUUCAUAUUGAUAUUAUGUAGUUUAUAUCAUUAUUCUGCAGCUUUGCUUUGAAGCUAUAGUAAGAGAGACAAACGAACCAACUGCCGUGUUGAGGGUCUUUCAGCUUACAUUUUUCAUAUGCUGAACUGAAGGUUCAGUGGUAUGCGAUCUUUGAUGAUUAUUUUAUUUUACCGGAAACUUACCAUUGAAGGAGUUGUGUGUUCGAUAUGACAGUAAUAUCAUAUUAUGAACAAACUGGUCUUUUGGCAUGAGCUUCUCCAUCCACUUUGUGUUUCUAUACAUACAUAUAGGCAACACUGAAUAACUCUCUUCGUUCACCUGUGGUCAAAACUGUCAUAUUUCAUUGUAAUGCUUUUGUAAUACCUUAUUGAUCGGUUUUUGUCUUUAUUAAUUUGUUCCGUUUGGUCAUUAAUUGUAUUGAUAAGAUAUUUGCAUUUUUUUUUUGCACGAUGGCUAUUCAUUAUUGGACAUCUUGGUAUUAAAGAAACAAUAGUGAACAUCA